GUCAUAACAGCUCGGUUUCACACGGGAAUGUUUCCCUGUGAAGUCAGGUAAAGUGGGAUCAGAGAGCAAGCCGCAACACGCCAGGUAGGCGGGCUAAGAAUGUCUCCUGGACGACAGGAGCUCGCUGAUUGGCUGAGAGCACCGUCAGUCUUCGCAGAGGCGGUGGACGCACCCAUCAGGGGCAUCACUCCCGAGACAGUGACAAGUUUCGAUGCAAAUGCGCGCCGGGCGGCUCCUGAUCUUUGUUUUAUCUUGAACAAAACAGCCACACGUAGGAUUCAAGGUGGUUAGUUUGAGAGGCUGAAGUCCCUGCAAUGGAGGAGAGGAUUUGCAGCGUGGCCCUGCUGUUUCUGGGUAAGUUUUUCUGUGAGAAAUUGUUCACCUAGGCCUUACUGAGCUGCCACACCUGUUUAUGCACCGUCAGGUUUUUGGACCGAGUAGGCCUAAAACCUGUGUUUGCAGGCGACCUGUCUCCUUGAAAUGUUUUCCAGUGACCAAUUUCUUUAGAAAAUAAUAUUAGUUUAAUAAUUCUUGAUUUUAGGUGUAGUGGAAUAAGAAACAAGGAAAUGCGGACUUUAAAUUCCAUUUGUUUCCUUUUUCAUGUGCACAACCUUAGAUAAUAGUUCACUAGCAUUAUAAAUAAGCUAUUUUGUAGUGUAUUUAAUAGUUAAGUUCUGUCACUUUGACUUUCUUUUAUUACUGUGGGUAAAAGAUCCAUGAAAUUUCUUUCACAUGUGUCUAUAGUGGCAUCUCAAAAUGUCAGGCUUUGUAACAUUGAAAAAACCCAAUGAAAAACAGUUUCCUUUCUAACAAGUAAACAUGCAAAUAAUGAGCUGUAACAUGGGUUUAGCUUGAAAAAACAGGUGGUGUAAUUUUGCAGACUUUAGGUCUCCCUGCUGAGUCACUCAGGCCAAAAUUUUACCAUCUAUAAGGCCACCAGUUCCUCAUGAUAUCUUGAUCGACUUUAUCACUGUUUGUUUGAGAAUGUUUGGACAUGGCAGCCUGAUGCUUACAACAUAUUAUGCUUGUUUGAAAAAUCUUGUAGUUCUGUCAGGAGUUGGCGCCCUCGUGGUCACGAUCCCUGAGGAAAUCUAUGAGCAUGCCAGAGGUGACAAUAUCACACUGCCCUGCACCUUCACCACCAAAUCUACCAGCAAGAUGGUCAUCAUCUCGUGGUCUGUUGAGGGAACACAGGCAAAUGCUAAAGAAGUAAGAGUUCUGUGUGUUAUUCCUACACAGUGCUACAGCAGAAAUAUGAUUACCUAGAGGACCUUUGCUUUCUUCCCCUAAUGCUGUCCUUGUCACGUAGGUUCUGAUCCUCACCUAUUACUCUGUUGGUACCAUAACUGACAUCAAAUCCAUAUACGAAGGGCGGGUGUCUAUAGAUGUGGAUGUUGCAAAAGGAAGAGCCAACCUGAAGCUGAACAGAAUCACCCUGCAAGACAACAAAAUGUUUGAGUGUCGAGUCUUGAUCCCAGGAGAUGAUGAGGGGACACCAGCAGACACGACACGUUUGGUUGUUUUAGGUACAACUCCAUCUGUCUUGAAAUAUCACUUCUGUAUUUGUCAUAAUGGUAAAAAUCAUGUAAGUGCACAGAAAAGUAACUAGUUUACAUUUCUGUGAAAUGGCUUGUUGACUCUUUGAAUAAUCUCCAUUUAUUAUUCAGAUCUACAUGUACAUAUUGACUCCAGAUACUAGACUUGAUUGUUGCUAUUUUCAAGAAAAAUUGACUGCUUGAUCUGGCUUAUUUGCUUUCAGUGGCUCCCUCUAAGCCCAUCUGUAAGAUCCAGGGAAAAACAGAGUAUGGACAGAACAUCAACCUGACCUGUAUGUCUGAGGAAGGCUCCCCACCACCCACAUAUGAGUGGAAGAGUCAAGAUGUCAGAAAUACGCCUCGUGUCUUUGCUCCCAGAACCACAAGCAGUGAGUACUAGUUACACAGUUUUUCUGCUCUGGAAUAUAUGUCAGCUGUGGAGGCAUUAAAGGUUUCCUACCCUCCACAGAAGUAGCCCUGUGUGAAAAUCAGUUAGUGUCAAUUUUCAAGUUUUGUAGCUGCAGGGGCUAACAGAUGAAGUGCCUGGCUAAUGCUAAAAAUAUGAAGCACUCAUCAGUCCUGAAAAACCUCUGUAUUACAGUAUAUCUUUUUACAUAUACUGACAUACUGAUCAGGACAUUUUACCCUCCUUCUCCUCUAUGGUGCUCUCUUGUGGACAAAACAUGUAAUUGCUGUUGUCAUUAAAGGAAUCCAGCUUACAUACAGAUGUCCACAGGGGCGUCAGAGUGGGGAGAAAAAGUGGGACCAACAAAAUAAUCCCUAGUGGUGAGGAGGGCCUCUUGAUGAGCCUGAAGUAUACAUGUUUUUCUAUGUUUGUUUUUACUUCUGUCAGUUUGAAGAUACUCAAUACUCAGAGGGCCCUCUCGUCCCGCCACAAUGCCAAUGAUUCAGGGUUAAAACGAUGAAAUCAAUUGAGUCUGUCUGGGUUUUUGUGACCUACACUGCAAGAUUUAAAGCCUGAGAAAACAAUAAAUCAUGACAGCAGUGAUGCAUAUAUGUGCCCGUCUUUCUAUCUUAUACAGAGGGAGGCAUCCUGUCCCUGUACAAUAUCUCCAAAGAAACAUCAGGAUACUACAUCUGCACUUCCAGCAACAAGAUCCGCUCUGCUACCUGCAACAUCACCCUGGCUGUUAUGCCACGUGAGGGAGACCUUCUUAUCGCUAUAUUUCUGUAUCAAACUGCAUUUACAAAAAAUACACUUUUACAAAAAUUCGUCAUAACAUGCACUGUUCUCAUCUGCUGCAGCCUCCAUGAAUAUCGGCUCAACGGCAGGAAUCAUCGGUGGAGUUGUCGCUGCAUUGAUCGUACUCAUCGUCAUCAUCUACUGCUGCUGCUGCAGGAAGAAGAAGAAGGAUGAAGAAUACGCCAUGGGGUACAUAUUCUACACUCAUGAGAAAAGACUCAUAUUUACUGAUGUUAUUUGCUUUCGGGCCCUCCUUUAAGUUAGCUGGGUUGUGAUCAUGUGGCUCAUCUUUUUAUUGGUAUUGUUUCUUGGCUUAAAUCAAAUUUUUCCCCGUCCACAAACAGACGCUCCUGCUUGAUCGUAUCGUUUCAAUUAAAUUCAGGUAUAAUGCAGAUAAAUACUUCAGAUAAUUACACAUGGGGCCCAGUCAAUGUGAAAGUAAAAGCAUUGGUGCUACUGUAGAUGCCAACAGACUACCAGCAAACACAAUGUUUGCAGGACUUCUAUGACUAGCAUAGAGUGACAUACUCAAAGACCCAAGGUUAACAGUUUAGUGGCGCUACGACAUGCAGCAGGUCCCGUUUGACAAGAAACACUUCUGUUACAGACACUUGGCUUACUUUGUUAAAGAGGUUUACCUGUCCAGCAGAAAGGUUACAGGGUCCGAAAGAUCCCGAAACGUCCCCCAUCAUUGUUGACCUGGCUUUUUAGCUCUUGUCCAGGCGGUCUACCUCCUUUUUAAGCGCCCGUUAUUCCGCCAGAGUCUCAGGUAUUUUGUUAGUUUUCUUGCUUGUGUUGGCAGUCGUGGCUAAAAGAGGAUUCUGACAAUUUCUCGUACUUUCUGGUUGGUUUCUACUGUCUGAUAUUGUAGCACGCUAACUUUGUUUGGGCUUGUGAAUGACAUGGGGAAGAGUGUCUGCCUCACAUCCAAUCAGGUUUAGGGAGGUGGAGAAUGGCUUUGUUUACAGUCACAAAGAGUGGGCCGCUCAGAAAGUUUAAAAUGUUGACUACACAGACAUAACAAAAUGCAGCGAUAUCAUUGUAUUACCAAAUGUGAUCAAUGACUAAUAGCUAUUGACUGAUAUUAAAAGUUUUUUGUAUAUACACCACAAAAAAAGAUGCUUCUUUAUCGGAUUCCUGCCUACCCCACCUUUAAGGUAGUACAGCUCUGCCCAUCACAUGACCACAAUAUCAACAUCAGGCAAACCUCAUCUGCAAAUUUUGGUUUUGUACUUGAACUCAGCAGUAAAAGAGCCAACCACUAACACCAGUGGGGAAGUUACCAGGUCAAAGGGUGGAAGCUUUAGUGCAUUUCAGCUAUGCUAAAAGAUAAAAUAAAUCCUUUGGUCUCAUUCUUAUCCACUUCCUUUCCAGGGUUCGUGGACAGGAGUUCACCGACAAAGAGCCGGCUGAAAAUGGUGAGAGUCGCCGCGCUGAUGGCCAAGAGGACCCUCGAGGUUAUGAAGACUCUACUGUGAGAUCCCGUGAAAACUAUGAAGAACGCAGUGAGGUCAACUAUGAUGACCGCCGCAGUGACUAUGACGACCGCCGCAGGGAUUACGAUGACCGCCGUAGUGACUACGAUGACCGCCGAAGUGACUAUGAUGACCGCCGAAGUGACUACAAUGACCGUCGCAGGGAUAAUGAUGACCGCCGCAGUGACUAUGAUGACCGCCGCAGGGAUUACGACGACCGCCGUAGUGACUACGAUGACCGCCGAAGUGACUAUGAUGACCGCCGAAGUGACUACACCGACCGCCGGGACAAGUACAGCGACCGCCACGAGCGUUACGACGAAGACCGCCGUAAUGAGGAUGAGAGCCGUUAUGAUGACCGCAGAGAUCGCUGAUAUGUGGAUAAGAGUGAGCCUUGAUGUGAUGUUGACCACUUUGGAUGACAAGCCCUACCAAGAUGAAACCAUGACCAAUCGCUUUCACCAACAAAUAACAAAUCAAGAAUGGACUACGACUGACAUGACCUGUAUCUCCACUUCCUCUCUCUCCAUACUAUCUCCUUCAGCUAUAUUCACCAGGCUGCCUUUCUGAUGUCACUCCCAUGGCAGGAUCCUUAAGUGCUAUUAUAUCUCUCGGCUGUAAUCUAGGUUGCAAAUCUCACAAAUCUAGAAAAUGAUCAAAUUACGUGAACUGUGAAAACCCAGAUGGACUCUGCGGCCUUUUUAUAGAUAAAACACAAGACUUAAAAACAAUUCAGUAAACAACUAUUGUUUGCAUCCUAUCAACUCCAUCUAGAAAUUAGCUCUAGCUACAAAUUUACUCCAACAAUGAAACGAUUUUUACCUAGAAGAAAUGGUGAGACCUGACCUGACCAGUGUGGACAUUAUUGUGCCUUUAUUAGCUUUUCACAUAUCAUUUUGCAGGUUCAUUUGAAGAUUGUUCUUUUUUGUGUUAGGCAAACAUCAAGGAUGGGAAGGGACCUUAAAAUGUCCUUCUGAUCCUUUUAAAAAGCAGGGGAAGGGGGGCUUAUGGCACACUUUUUGAGCACAAAAUUCACAUCAUACAAAGAUUAGGUAGCAGAAAGACAUUUCAAAAAUACCCAAUUAUACCUUAUUGGAAAAAAAUGUUUUUAAGAUACCAUGUUUUUAAGAUAAGAUAAAAUGUGUUAUAAAUAACUUGUUUUGUUUAAAGCUUAAAUUUAGCAUGUUGGCUUGGUUACACUGGCGUACAAGGCCUUAUGUCUUUGACUGUGUGUGUGUACGUCUGCUGGUGGGUUUGUAUGGUGGUAGUUUGUUCUAGUUGGCUCCAUGCUAAAAGAGAAGGGCUCCUGUUGUGUGUCAUCUUUACAUCACCUUGAAUUAUUUUCAUUUAUGAGACCACUGUCUUCUGUAUCCCUGUAUAGAAACACAGACUUUGGUCCUUUUUAAAUUCACUCUUCUGGUUUUUAAGUUUGUUUUACUUCAUUUUUACAAUCACAUGUCCUGAUUGUUAGGACCUGCAGCAAUACCAUAGAUCUCUCAGGGUUUGUUUUUUUCCCCCAACUUUCAUAUAUGCUUUGAUGUUUACUACUAUAUACCCAAAAAUCUGUUGAAAUGCAAAGAUGGACAUGCAUGCAUUCUGAUAUUUUCUGUAUGCAAAUAGCUC